AUCAAUAAAAAAAAAUGGAUUUUCUCUCUGCUGUCCUUCUUCUCUGUCUCGCUUUCGUUUUUCUGCUGCAACUCAGAACCCGCCGGCGAAAUCUGCCGCCGAGCCCACCGUCAGCUCCGAUUAUUGGCCAUCUCCACCUCCUACAACGUCCAAUCCACCGGAACUUCCAAAACAUCGCCGCCAAAUACGGACCCAUUUUCACUCUCCGAUUUGGAUCUCGCCUUGCUCUUAUAGUCUCUUCACUCCAAAUAGCCCAAGAAUGCUUCACCAAACAUGACCUCAUUUUCGCCAACCGCCCGCGUAUGCUUUCCGGAAAAUACCUUGGCUACAACUACACCACCAUGGCUACCGCCUCUUACGGCGACCAUUGGCGGAGCCUCCGCCGCCUCACCGCCACGGAGAUCUUCUCCCCGACGCGCCUCAACGCGUCUCUCGGCAUCCGGAAAGAUGAAAUCCGGCGAUUGUUACUUAAACUCCAUUCGGAAUCGUUCGCUAAGGUGGAGUUGAGAUCAAUGUUUUCGGAACUGAGUUUCAACAUCGUGAUGAGGAUCGUGGCCGGAAAAAGGUACUACGGCGAGAAGGUUUCCGAUGAGGCAGAGGCGAGGGAGUUCAUAGAGCUUAUGGAAGAUGUUUCGCGUCAUGGAGGAGCUUCGCAAUGGGUGGAUUUCAUGCCGAUUUUGAAAUGGUUUGGGUUUGGUGGAUAUGAGAAGAGUUUAGCCAAAUCGGCGAUAUGGGCCGAUCGAUUCGUGCAGGAAUUGGUUGAAGAAAGACGGAAUCAGAAAGUAUUGGGAAGAGAAGAACAGAGUUCUCUGCUUCAUCGGCUUCUUGAAUUGCAGCUCUCUGAACCCGAAUCUCACACCGAUCAGAUCAUCAAAGGGAUCGUUCUGGUUUUGUUGCGUGCGGGAAUAGACACGUCAUCUGUGACCUUGGAUUGGAUAAUGACUGAACUACUCAACCAUCCCGGGGUAUUAGCCAAAGCCAAAGCUGAGAUAGACACUAAGAUCGGUCAAGAUCGACUCGUGGAGGAAACAGAUAUCGCCAACCUCAACUACCUUCAAGCCAUUAUUUCUGAAACCUUUCGAUUGCACCCUCCAGCCCCAAUGCUCCUCGCACAUUAUUCCUCUGCCGAUUGCAUUGUCGCAGGCUACAACAUUCCACCUGGCACGAUGUUGUUGGUCAAUGCUUGGGCAAUUCAUAGAGACCCGAAGUUGUGGGACGACCCAACGAGCUUCAGACCUGAGAGAUUCUUGGGGGUAGGGAAUGAGUUGCAGGCUAACAAACUCAUUCCUUUCGGAGUUGGAAGGAGGGCUUGUCCUGGAGAAAUUAUGGGUUUACGUGUUGUAGGAUUAACUUUGGGUCUAUUGAUUCAAUGUUAUGAGUGGAAAAAUGUUGAAUGUGAAAACGUAGACAUGUCUGAAAGUGGAGGUAUCACCAUUCUCAAAGUGAAGCCUUUGGAAACCAUGUGUAAAUCCCGCCCAAUUAUGGAUAAAGUUCUAUCAAACGGUUUGGAUUAAGUUUUACGUACCAAGAUUUGGUUACAAACCUCUCUUGUUGUAUACAAGGCUUGAA